UUGACAGUCGCUCACAGUUGGCACCAAGGAUCUAGGAUGCUUUGGGGCGGAUGGGGGAGAGAGGGGCAGAGAGAGCGAGGCAGAGGUAGAGAAGGGUGAGUGUCAAUCGUAAGGGUGGACGAAGGAACCACAGAUCCUUUUUUACUCCUCUCUGCAUUUCACCUUCAGGAAGACAAGACAAAAAAAGAGAAAGUGAGAAGUGUGGAAAGAAGGAGGUGAAAGAAGAAGAAGAGGAAGAAGAAGAAGAAGAAGAAGAAGAAAAACACAGGAUAAGAAAAGAACAUGAAAGAAAGAAAUCGUCAUUAAACGCACUACGAACUUCUCUCUUCCCCCCCCUCUCUUCCUCCGUCUCGCACCUCUCUCAAUUUAAUCUUAAAUCCACUCCAAUUUCCCCCGAGGGACUCAAUUCUCUCUCUUCCUAAGGAGAGGGGGGCCAUUCCUCCUGGUAGAGCGACUCCAGGAACUUCCUCUCUCUCUUUGCCCCACUCCCCGGCUCCUACGCCACCAACCCUCCCUCCAUCACCUCAGCCCUCCACCGCCAUGACGCUGCUGGCCUCCGAGAGGUCGCUUCUCAUCCGGAACAAGUUCCGCUCAGUCCUGCAGCUGAGGAUUCAGAACCGAAGGCAGAGUGAAAUCAAUGCAGACUCUGGGUUGAAAUCUACUUGUCCCACUCCAAAAGCAGAAAAAGACCAGAGUGAAGCUCUGCGUCUAACUGAUGACGGUGCCGCUCAGAAGCUGCCCCCAAGUGGUCUGAACACUGAAACUGCACAAGAGAGGACUGUGUGUGGGGCCCACCGGCAGAAGAAGGCUCGUCAGGCGCAGGACCUCACUGAGAGGAUCCAGCGACCGCCUGGACCAGCGGAGCAACAGCACGAACACACACUGCCCCUGGAGAGCCAUCCUGCUGCUUUCCCUCUGUCGGCUGAUGUCUUCGAAGAUGACAUCUCCUCCUGCUCCUCCUCCUCGCCCACUGAGCUGGUUCACCAAUCACCAGCCUUUUCUUCGCUGCCUGGGCUCUCAGGUGACCAAUUACUGAGUGACUUCUCAGCUGUGGGCCCGCCUCUUAAACACAGCCCCAGUCACGCUCAGUCUGGUUUGGCGUUGCUCCCGGUAACCGAGGGCAUCAGACAACCAAUGAGUGUCACACUGGGUGAGUCAUGCUCCAUGGCAACAACUGGGAGACCAAAUGGGAUGUUUCUGACCUCUCAGACCACACCCCUGCUGCCAAAGACAGCUCGGCCUCCCAGUCCCACCUGCUCCUCCCUACCCACCUCCCUCACCUUCAGUCAUCUCUCCCGCCCACGGAAACCGCGGGACACCAAACCCAAAAUGAAGAAACUCAAGUAUCACCAGUACAUUCCUCCAGACCAGAGAGGAGGGUCUGGGACUGGAGGCGGGGGAGCCAAACAGAAGAACCCUGCCCCUGCCCAGCCUUUAGACCCAGCCUAUUCCCAAAUCCUGAAGCAACAACAGGUCUUCCUUCAGCUGCAAAUCCUCCAGAACCAACAACAACAACAACAACAACAACAACAGCAACAGCAACAGCAACAACCACAACAUCAGCUUGCGGUUGUGCCCAGUGGAGAUCACAACGAUCUUGUAAAGUCUUCUGGAGCCAUGCCCCUGAAUCCCCACCCUGUUCCCGCCGCAACAAGCCACACCCCUCUGGACAUAAACCCUGCGUCCAGGCCUGAACCCCUCCCUGCAAAUCUUGUUGAUCUUACAGUGUCGGAGUUGCGGCAAGAGCUGCGCAAGCGUGGCCUUCCUGUCUCCGGCACCAAGCCCGCUCUGUUGCUGCGUCUCCGACCCUUUCAGCUUCCCCAAUCUCAACUCGUCCCUGCUCCCCUCUGCCAGCUGGGUACCAGCCUGGAGCCAAUCACCCGCUGCCCCCCGCUCCCACCCAGCCAGAGCCCGGGCUCAAGCUCCAGCUCUGGACUUGACUCACCCAGCAGCAGCCCGAACCAGCAGAUGUACAUCCCGGACAGAGGAAUUCCUAAUGGGAUUUUCAGUGACGCUCCAAAUGGAAUUCCGAAUGUGGUUCUCAACGCUAUGCCGAAUGGUCUGUCGAAUGCUGCGUCGGUCGGGUUGGCAGGUGAACAGUGUGGUCUUGCCAGCGCCGUCUUCCUGACUUCUGCCAGCACAGCCUCAGGAACUCCGAGUCCCAGUCUACCCAUGUCGUCCUCCUCACCCCUGCAGUGUGGGACUCCCUGGAGAACUGAGAGUGAACAGCAGCAGCAGCAGCAACAGCAGGAGCUGAGUGUGGAGCUUGAGAUGAGGGAGAGGUUGAGGAGCAGGCCAAGGGACCGCUCCUCCAACACCGGCAAUGAGUCUUGUGGAGGAUCCCUUCAUCCAUUCCUGCAACAGGAUCCUGGAUGCUCGAGAGGCAAACCAGAGAUAGAUGCUCAGACAGAGGUGUUGUUUACACAGGUGUUUUGCUGCCAACCGUGUGAUGUGAUUGGCCAGGAUUUUGAGCUGCCAGUGCAGAUUACAGCAAGUCCCGUUCAGACCCUGCCCGGUGUUCGCAGCUUGGAGGAAGAACUGCAGGAGGCGAUCCAGAAAGCACAGAUGGACCCUCGGCAGUCCAUAGACGACAUUCUGGAUGAGCCUAUGACUUGCGUCGACUCUGUCAAUGUCUCUGAUCAUAAAUCCCUUGAGCACCCAGUCCUCGGCCCGUCGCCUCCUCCUCCACCUCCUCCUCCUUCUCAUGCUGAUCAGUCUCAGGCUUCCCAGCUGCACAAGGAUGACAACUUCCUGCCCUCACCACUUUGCUCCUCUCUCCUGCUGGAGCUCCCUCCAUCUCCUGCUGUAAUAAACCCCAGCCAGGUGAUCCCGGCACCUCCCCCACCCCCCAUCUGCACCUCCCCUCUGUCGUCCAGGGGGAAAUCACGGAAACGACGGGCUCCGACACUGUUUGAUGCUGCCGACUGGCUUGAAACUCUUACGUCUGGCCUCCGCCCUCUCACUCCACCGUCAGCUCCUUUUGUUGAGUCAGACUUCAGUCUGGAUUCAGAUUUGAAUGUCAGUCGGGUGUUGGAUCUGAUGAUAGAGCAGUGGUGAGGUCUAGUGUGCGUAUGUCUGUCUGUAACUGUAUGUACAGUGGAUGAGUGUUUUUUGAUGGUCAUGAAUGGGGAAAACUGUAUCCAUCCUACUGAGGGCACAAGAUUGUGAAUUGUGGCCUCCAUCAUUAAUAAAAGGCUGUCAGAGUCUCUGGCUCCAC